UUGGCUUUUAAUAGAACUUGGUUGUACAAAUCGAAAUACAAAUCGAUAACAACUACAGUUUUUAUCAGUCGGUGUUCGGGAAUUUAAACAUUGAGUUUGUUUAUUUGUGAACAAGAUGUAUGGCAAAUAACUAUAAUUUGAAACCAUCGAGAACACCAACAAGGAAGUGAGUCACAGCGUAUUGAUUGAAUUGUCAUUCGCACUGACUACUGUCAUUCGUCCCAUUUGACAACAAACAUAACAGAAUGUAACCUUUCAUAAAAUUCACAUACGCGAUAUAGACCGAAGUUCGAUAGAGCGUGCACCCUCUUGUGAUUACUACAUUAUGUGUCUCAAAGUGUAUAUCGUAAAAAUGUAUUAUGUUAUGUAACUGUUUAAUCGUAAACUUACGAUCAUCACGAAUAAUUACACAUUAAAAUAAGAGUGCCAAGAAAGCUCAGCAACAAUCGUACUUUCUCAAUGAAUACACAAUAUGACGAGAAAUGAUGAGGAUAUUGGUGGCUGUUUUUUGUGCUCUUGGUGUUGCCCACGUCUACAAGCAUCGACAAAUGUUAAAUGCAUCCAAAGUCCUGCAAUUCGUUGAAAAGGAUGGUAGCGGUACUUUAGAUUAUCAACAUAUGGAGGCAUGCACAGAAGAUAUGGACGCCGCACACUACAACUUACCGCCAUUGAUCAAAGUAGUCAAGUAUGCAAGUAUGUACAUUGAGCGCGGAAUGUCAACGUCCAUUUACAACAUAGAAAACCUCUUCCACAAUAUAAGUACAGCGAUGGCGAGUAUAGUUUAUUUUGUAACAGCAACACUGGAUGUUGUAUUAAGAUCCCCCGUGACUGUGAUUACAACUUUGCUCAGCCUUAUACAGAACAUUUUGAAUGGCACUGUAUACAUUCUACUUGAUGUGAUACUUUUCUGCAUGGAAGAAUGCCUUGUUUUCGCCAUCAGAGCAGUUAUGUACAUUCUUUGUUCUGUUAUUGUCAACAUCCUUACUGUUAUAUCAGUGGCAAUAUCUUUACUGUCUACGACUUUAGUAGGCUAUUUAACUAUCAUCGACUUUGUCAUCUUAAAUUUUGUCUUUCCUGUUUGUGAUGCGCUGUUCUGGAUGAUGAUAGUAUGUCUAACAUUAGUAUGCUUGUUUUGUGCAUUUGGGUCAAUUGAGCAGUCAAGAGAGCGAUUAGAAAGAGUCUGGAUACGGCUCGGUAUAAAGUGCGUUCUCAUAUUGCCGGUAAUCUACGCCGCCACGGAUAUUUGGAGAACAGCAUGUGGCAUCCUUCUAAAAUUUGUUUUUCAUCCGCUGCUGUACACUGGCAUUCUAGGCAUUGUGACGUUUGGAAUAGUGAUGUAUGUUCGUUUCAUGCUUAUAUCAAGCCGAUCGCUAUUCCAUGAAGCACGCAAUGACACGGUGUAUCAUGUAAAUAUCAUUUUUGGCUAUGCAAAACUUUACUUUCGAAUCAAAUGGAUUCGGCUCAAGCACUUCGUGUUGGCGAAUAUAAUCUUUACCAAUAUAAAGAAUAAGCUUUAUGUGAAAACAAGUAUUGACGGCGAACAUUCUUCGGAGAACGACAACUUGUACAACGAAUGUGUUAUAUGUUUUGAAGAAAAGGAAUUUGUAACAAUAGUGCCAUGUUUGCACAGUUUUAUAUGCCAAUCGUGUAUAUCCCGUGUGAUUGAGCACGAUUACCGAUGUCCAUUGUGUAGAGGAAUUAUUCGGGAAGUUAUUUGAUACGCUUAUAUAGCACACUUAUAUAAACGUACUUAGGGCAAAAGUUAACAACGAAUUUAUUUACUUUGGUGUUUUUGUUUUAAAUCAUGUGAAGCUAUUUUACAUGAGUUUCUCAGAAGUACUCGACAUGAUCUAACCAUCACUUGCCUGAACGACUGCUCAAACCGUGUGUUUAAGUGCAAGGAUUCGUUGAAAGUGUUCAUGUUACUAUUGUUGCCAAUGAAUAGCUUCGAUCAUGCCGACAAUGCUGUUUCCUAAUUUGUAUGUUUUUGGAAUUUCUUCCAGAAUGGAAUUGUUAGGAUCCCUAAUGGAUUGCCAUGAAACAUCCAUAACGACAGAUGAAGAACAGGAGCAUGUUUGAAUAGUUUAACCGGUGACCGUGGUAUGAGGGAUGAUCCAAAUUAAAUAGGACUGUUCUCAUAGUUCCAACAAUAUUUAAUAGUAAACGUCACAAUAAUCAAAGAGCGGAGGGUAAUGAUAUACACGGCGCAACCGUUACAGGGGUCUGAACAGCUACAGCAACGCCUACGUGCACGUUGGAUCUGAAAGAACGACGUCAACGGCGUCAAUGACGUCAAAAUAAAGUUAUGAUUUGUGCCAUCUUUGGUGCUUUUCUGAAUAUUCGCCAUAACACUGAUUAAAACUUUUAACAUGUUUCCUCUUCGGAUCUUCGGUCCAUCUACAUUCCGAUUCGAAAUGUUCAUCGUCAUUUACGAGUGGCACAAAAACUUGUUGUUUUCGUGGUAAAGAAAUUUCACCCGUUUUAAAUAAAACACAAAGUAUGUU